AAAAUAAUAAAAUGAAUGAUGAAGGUAAAAAAAAAAGGCUAUUAUAUAUCCAUUAUAGGAAAUCCGCUCUCAGCAAGAAAAACAGUCCCCCAAGGAGUGUCCCUUGAGUACCAGCCAUGCGAGGAUGCGGUAAAACCAGCGUCUCUUAGAACUGUUGCACUGUUUGUAGCUUUAAAGCACACGGAUUGGAACUUGGAAGUGCUCCCAAACGAGGCCGUCUUUUCCACAUCGCAUCAUGGUUUCACUUGGUGCCAAAGGAUCGAUGUGACUUAAACCUCCUCUUUAUUUUUUUUCUCUAGGUGGGAAAAGCUUUCGUAGCAAAUACUGGGGUGGAUGUGAAAUGAACUCUCUCUGGUGGCGCUUGGGAGCGAGUGCAAGUCUCAGAAACGUUCAGGAAGUCCAAGGUCUAAAAUUUCGGCCCUUCCUUUUGAAAAUUAGACUGUGUGGUAUGAGUGGAUGAGAAGAAGAGAAGAAGCUUGGAGUCAGUGAUUAGAGAAGAGUGGUGGUGUUGCUGGUUUGGGUUUCAUCCAUGGCUGCACGCUAUGGUCGACCAACUGGUUGGGCAGAGGAGGGGAAGCGUAGCACCUUCCCCACUCCAAGCAAGGGCUCUUUGCUGCGCCCCCGGCCUUCCAGCUCGGCUCCUCCGUUUCUAGGCCAGGGGUCCUUCUACCCUUCCUCGUCUGAGGAUGAGAGAGCCAUAACUCUAAGAAUCCAUAGCCAGGCUGAGAAGAGGCGCAGAGAGAGGAUUAACUCACAUCUAUCUACUCUUAGGCGUAUGAUCCCCAACUCCAACAAGAUGGACAAGGCAUCUCUUCUAGGACGAGUGAUCGAGCAUGUAAAAGAUCUGAAGAGAAAGGCAGUUGAUGCUAGCACGAUUUCGAUGAUCCCAACAGAAGCAAAUGUGGUGACCGUGGAAAGUGAUGCUGGCUAUCAGAACACAUUUUCUUUGAAUGAUGAUAACCUCUACAUAAAGGCUUCUCUUUGCUGCGACGACCGGCCAGACUUGUUUGCAGAGCUCAUUGAAGCAUUCCGUAGGCUGAGACUGAGGACGAUUAGAGUAGACUCGUCAUCUUUGGGGGGAAGAAUUCGGAAUGUCUUCCUGCUAUGUCGGAAGGAUAGCACCGGAAGUGUGUGCUUGAACUCUCUCAAGGAGUCCAUUAAAGAAGCUUUGGACAGAGUAGCCUCCGUUGACAUGGUUCCCUCCAAUGCCUUUAUAAGUAAGAGGCAGAGGCUUUUGCAACCACGAUUCCCUUCCUCCAAUAUAUCCUUAUAGGAUAUAUCCUGCAUUUCGUUUGCUUGCUUGUUUCCUUGGUCAUCAUAUUUUGUUAGAAAAGUUGCUUACUGAGAGUCAUGAGAAGCGCUUUAGGCCAAAGAUCAUGUGUAUGUGCAUAUAUAUAACUGCCUCUUUCUUAAUUUCUCUGAAUAAUUCAAAGAAGACAGUGAGCUUGAAGCGAAAGUGCCAAAUUUUCUGGAA